GUCUGCAAACGCCUCUACGUUUGUAGAUUUGAUUAAAAAAAGAGGACCUAACAGUAAUUAAACGCGUGUUUUGUUAAUAUCACACAAACACCUCGUGUGGUUUGUUAACGAGUUGGCUAUGACCCUGCUUCCAGGGUUACGAACGGCUCCGUUACGUUAUAAGAAGUGAUUCCGGUUCAGUGGCAGGUUUGAACUCUCUGGAAAGUGACCAUUGUUGUAAUCAGGUCGAGGCUGUUACCACCUCCACUUGCUGACUUUCUUAGUUUUUUUUACGGGUUUAACGUUACAGCGGGACGAACAGAGCAAGCUUUUUACAGUGUCAUGAAAGAAAUGUCCAGCGCCAUGCCUGGUGGGCAACAGCCUCAGAAGCACUAUGGCAUCACCUCUGCCAUUAGCCUCGCACCCCCACGAGAAAUAGACCACCAAUACACCAAGAAGCUCUGUGAUGCUAUGAAGCCUUUUGGGGUGUUUGAAGAUGAAGAGGAAUUGAACCACAGACUUGCAGUUCUUGGCAAGUUGAAUAACUUUGUUAAAGAAUGGAUCGCAGAGAUCAGUGAAUUAAAGAACCUUCCACCGUCAGCUAUAAGCUGUGUCGGGGGCAAGAUAUUUACAUUUGGUUCAUACCGUCUUGGAGUGCACACAAAAGGAGCCGAUAUUGACGCCUUAUGUGUGGCUCCGCGCCACGUAGAGAGAAGCGACUUUUUCCAGUCUUUCUUCGAGAAAUUGAAACAGCACGAAGAGAUCAAAGACCUGAGGGCCGUCGAGGAUGCCUUUGUACCGGUGAUAAAAUUCAAAUUUGACGGAAUAGAGAUUGACCUGCUUUUUGCCAGACUGGCCUUACAGUCCAUUCCAGACAACUUGGACCUGAGGGGGGACUCCAUCCUGAGAAACUUGGACAUUCGUUGUAUCCGCAGCCUUAACGGCUGUCGAGUGACUGAUGAAAUAUUGUACCUCGUGCCAAACAAAGAAAACUUCAGACUGACAUUGAGAGCCAUCAAACUGUGGGCGAAGCGUCGCGGGAUCUACUCCAACAUGCUGGGGUUUCUGGGUGGAGUGUCGUGGGCCAUGCUGGUGGCCAGGACCUGCCAGCUCUACCCAAACGCUGUGGCUGCCACGCUCGUCCACAAGUUCUUCCUGGUUUUCUCCAAAUGGGAAUGGCCGAAUCCUGUGCUAUUGAAACAACCUGAGGACAGUAAUCUGAAUCUACCUGUGUGGGAUCCCAGAGUCAACCCAUCCGACAGAUACCACCUGAUGCCCAUCAUCACGCCUGCCUACCCCCAGCAGAACUCCACAUACAACGUCUCCACGUCAACACGCACCAUCAUGAGCGAGGAGUUCAAAUACGGUCUCAGUGUCACAGAUGAGAUUCUUCAGGGAAAAGCGGAAUGGUCCAAGCUCUUUGAGCCACCUAAUUUCUUCCAAAAGUACAAGCAUUACAUCGUUCUGACUGCCAGUGCAUCCACAGAAGAAAACCACUUAGAAUGGAUCGGUCUAGUGGAGUCAAAGAUUCGCGUUUUGGUGGGAAACCUGGAGAGGAAUGAAUACAUCACCCUGGCUCACGUCAACCCACAGUCCUUCCCCGGGUCCAAAGAGAACCGCAAUGAGAACGACUUUGUGUCCAUGUGGUUCAUUGGGAUCAUCUUCAAGAAAGUGGAGAACGCAGAGAGUGUGAACAUUGACCUGACGUACGACAUCCAGUCCUUCACAGACACCGUGUACAGACAAGCCAACAACAUCAACAUGCUGAAGGAUGGCAUGAAGAUCGAAGCAACGCAUGUAAAGAAGAAGCAGCUCCACCAGUACCUUCCUGCUGAACUGGUGCAGAAGAAGAAGAGGGUCAGUGAAGUUAGCAUAGCAGAGUUGAACCGCAGCUCUAACGGGGGGAGCUCUAAGAGGAUGUCUCUGGACAGCAGUCACCUCGACAGCUCCAGAGACACAGACUCAGGGACUCCCAUUUGCUCCCCAGCCAGCAAACCCUCCAAGCCCACGUCUGACACAGAUGACAGCGUCAGCCCUCCCAAGCAGCUGUUUGUGGAAGGCUCUCCGGCACCCAGUGCAGCAGCUGCUGCUACUACAGACCAGGAGCCGCCAGUGCAAGUGAAGGCUUCUUCUCCACCAGCCAGCAGCUCCGUCACCCCUGUACCGAGCGGGAACGUGAAACCCAACGCCGCAAGCAGCCCCAAAGAGGAGGAGCCCAACGGCCUGGACGACUCUGUCAACGGAGCUCCAGCCAAGAGACCGCACUCACCUACACAAGAGGACCUGGCCAAGAGGCACAAAGACACAGAGGAGGUCUCCAAUGACGACUCUACUUUCAAAGAGCCAUAUCCACCAUCUGACCCUCAUGUGCAAGGAGAUGGACCCAACAUUACUCCUCUUUCUGGAUCAAAGGCGAAGCCCAUUCCAACCAUCGAUACCUCAAGAACACAGAGACUUCCCAGUAUGGAGCUGCCAGACGCCUCCUCGCCUCUUCCAGCCAGCAACAGCUGCCGCGUGGUGAAAAAUUCCAUUAAACUGGCCCUCAACCGCCACAACAUCACACCUCCCAAGCCCCCAGUGUUUGAGGGAACCCCCACCAGUGACGCUCCUCCCAGCAGUGAAGAAAAAGGCAUGUCCAUUCCUGUCAUUGGCUCAAAAAAUACUGCAUCCAAACCCGUCGUGCCCCCCGUCGGCAGCUCCAUCCCCACACUAGUGAGCCGAGGAGCCGACCCGCUGAACGGAGCGCCCUCAAAGAGACCCCACUCUCCCUCCCUGGAGGAACAGGCCAAGAGGCUGAAAGAAACAGAGAAGGCCAGAAUCCACAUAGCUUGAACACACAGCUCACAGACUCGGACAUACACACACACACACAUAUAUAAACACCCAGAGGUGGUGCUUUGCUGUUUAAAAGUCUAACACCGAGAAGUCAACUUCACACGGGGAGUGGGAGAGAGCACGUUCAGUUCGAGAACAAAUCCCAAGUGUGAAGCCGCAGGGGGGGAAACCUCAGAUCUCCAGUGAUUUUUACAGAUUUGCCAGUGGAUAGGUGAUUCGGUCAAACCACGAUGUCGUCGGCGUCUUCUUCGGUCACACUCGCAGCCAGAGAGCAUUUAACACAACAGUUGCGGAGAAAUCCGACACGAGAACUAAAGCGACAGUUUCUUUUUUCUUUUUCUUUUUUUACUCGUCUUCUCCCUCAAUGUUUAAAAUCGUUCGCAAUACAGACGGAAAGUGAGCCGUUCUUUUCAUUUACCUUUUUUUUUUUUUUUCUUCUUUUUUCUCUCGAGUUAACAUGUUUUAAAACAGCUCAGAACAUUUAUCGACGCUUGCUACACACACUUCUGGUGUAUGCUGAUUUUUUUUUUUCUUCUUUUCUUUUUUUCCUUUUCAUUUCUCCCAAACAGAAACCUGUACAGUAAAUGUUGAUGUACAUAACUUUUGUCUUAAAAAAAAGAAAAAAAAAGCAAAAGAUCACUGUUAAGUCUUUUGAUCAUUCUAUUGUAGUUUUAUCUAAAAACGUGAAAAAAAGCUUAAAAAAUUGUAAAUUUUGUUGUUUUUUUUUCUCUACUGCUUGUCCAAAAAAAAAAAAAAAAAAAAAAUUGUCUCCAGCCCUGAAUAUUUUUUUUGUAAAAACACCGUAAAGGUUUGGAUACAGUUGCAGGGAGGAUUUAUGGAGGGUUUGCUUGGAUAUCGUAACCCAGGACUCUUUAGACCACCACGACUACCCACAGAGGAUUCCAGGUUAGUAUGGGACUUGCAGUGUGUAGGCGAUUAUAUGAUCCAGAUCCUUGUUUAACUGAAAAAACGGUAAAGCGACAGCAGUGCUUCUCAGGUGCCGGUUAAGAGCAAGAAAAUCAUCUUCACAACAACAUCGUAAAAACGGUCAGGCGUUUUCUGAAAGUUGUUCAGCUCUCGGAAAGACCCGUACGAAACGAUGGAUGAACCAUAUUGUCUUGGAUUAAAAGAAAAGGUUGAGUUUAUUCAUUAUCUGCCUACUUUUUCAUGGUUUGAUCAAGCUUUAGGUGUCAGAUCAUUGUGGUAGACACAGUAAAAGAGAGUACAUACCUGUAUGACCCCCCCCACCUCCUCCACCUCCAUCAUUUCACCGUGGUCCGCUAGCUAGUGAAGCUCGAACCUGCUUGCGAGCGCGUUUCACGUCCACGAAAGAGUUUGUGGUGCUUUUUUGUGAAGAAGAGGAAAAAAAUGGUUCGAAGCUUCUUCCUUCUUUUUUUUUUUUUUUGACAAGUCGUGUGCUGGUUUGUGUGUGUACGCAUGUGUAUGUGGUUGACUGUGUGUGAGCGUGCAUGCAUAGAAGGUUGUUUAUGUGUCGGAGAGAGACAGAAUUCCCUUAAGAUGUGGGUAUUAACCCUCUGCGCCUCCUGUGGAGGUUCUUAAAAAGGAAAAAAAGCAUCUCCUGGGGCCACAGGUGGGGGGGUCAGGAGACAACUUUUUUUUUUUUUUCUUUCUUUUUUUUUUUCUGUCCUGCCUUGGGCCCCAACCCUCCAUCUAUAUGGUCUGAAGCUGGGUAUCUUUGUGGUGGAUGUCAGCACAGAGGAUAUAUAUACAUGUGCUGCUGCAUUGUGUAACUAACAAGGUGAGAGUUAGGACGCAGGGACACAGGCUCUUUUUUUUGUUUUGUUUUUCCAGCAUCAGUUUCCCCAACGAAAUGUACAGAGAACAGUUUUUUCAAAAAGGCAUAUUCUUCAUUAUUGGGGGUUUUCUUAUCACUUUAUUUAUAUUUGCAUAUUUGUACCAUGUGAUUUUUUUUUUUUUUUUAAUAGCAUUCAUAGCAGGUAGGUCUUUUUUGAAUUAAAUCUGCACCACUCUGUUUCAAACAACCCAUGUUUUGCUGUUCGGAAAACAUUUAACAAAAAGAGGUCAUUUAGAUGUUUGUUUCUAAAAUGUAUUGAAAGGGUAUUUUUGUAUGUGUUUAUCACUUCCUUUAAAUGAAUCCGUACACCCAUUAAACCCCUAAA